UCGCGAUGUCUUGCUCGCUGCUCGAGUUCUGCCGGAUUCAGGAGCUGAAAGCCGUCCACGAUUUCCUCUUCCCGAGCCCCGGGAGCACGGCGGCAGCGGGGGGAGAGUCCGCCAAGAGCAAAAAUGAUAGCGAAGUGACCUGGGAUGAGGCCGACUGGGGGUCCUGGGAAGAGGAGGCGGAGGAGGCCAAGCAGCCGGACCCGCAGAGUGGCAGACUGGCCCAGAGCGCCUCCUGGCUGCAGGACUGUGUGCUGUCCUUGUCACCCACUAAUGACCUCAUGGUGAUCGCGCGUGAGCAGAAGGCCGUCUUCUUGUCCCCCAAAUGGAAGACGGGCCAGGAGGAGAUGCAGCUGGCAGUGUCGUGGAGCGGGGCGCUUAAUGCCGAGGACGGAGAGUGCGUCAGCAGUGCCAUCUGCAUCCCUCUCGCCAGUCAGAAGCGGAGCUCCAUUGGCAGACCGGAUUGGACGUGCAUUGUGGUGGGCUUCACCUCGGGUUACGUGCGCUUCUACACGGAGAGUGGCGUCCAGCUCCUGGCACAGCUCCUGAACGAAGACCCCGUUCUGCAGCUCAAGUGUCGCACCUACGAGAUUCCUCGCCACCCGGGAGUCACUGAGCAGCAUGAAGAGCUGAGUAUCCUGUACCCAACAGCCUUGGUGACGAUCGAUGGCUUCAGUCUGUUCCAGUCCCUGCGCGCCUGCAGAAACCAGGUGGCCCGAGCCACCGCAUCUGGAAAUGACAACAUCCAGCCACCGCCCCUGGCAUACAAGAAAUGGGGGCUGCAGGAUGUGGACAGCAUUGUGGACCAUGCCAGCGUCGGCAUCACAUCGCUGUGUCCCUUCGACCAGAUGAAGAACGCCUCCAUCCUGGGGGGCUACCAUGCCACUAUCAAAGGCAGCCCCCCGGCCAUGUCGCAGUACAUCACAGUUGGCUCCGGACCCUUCACCGGAUUCUUCUACGCCGUUGAGGGGAGCUCCCAGCCACUGCUGUCUCACGUUGCCCUUGCUGUGGCGAGUAAGCUGACGUCGGCUCUCUUCAGCGCUGCCAGUGGCUGGUUGGGCUGGAAGCAUAAAAACGAAGAGGAACCCGUGCAGAAGCAGAAGCCGAAGUUGGAGCCGGCGACCCCUCUGGCGGUCAGGUUUGGCUUACCUGACUCGCGACGCCACGGGGAGGCCAUUUGUCUUUCACCGUGUAACACUCUGGCUGCUGUGACGGAUGACUUUGGAAGAGUCCUCUUGCUUGAUGUCACCCGGGGUCUCGCCAUACGCAUGUGGAAAGGGUAUCGAGAUGCCCAGGUGGGCUGGAUUCAAGCUGCCGAGGCGUUGCAGGAGCGUGAAUCCGGGCACAGACCUUCACCUUCGUCACCUCGGGGUCCGGGACGUGUGGCUCAGUUCCUGAUUAUUUAUGCCCCUCGAAGGGGGAUCCUAGAAGUUUGGGGCACUCAGCAGGGCCCUCGUGUUGGCGCCUUUAAUGUUGGGAAGCACUGCAGGCUGCUGUAUCCUGGCUAUAGGAUCAUGGGACUGAACAAUGUGACCAGCCAGGGGUGCCAGCCUCAUACCCAGCAAGUCUGCCUGGUGGACGCGACCACCGGGACCCUGCGAACGGUCAGCGUGCCUUUCCACUUGGCACUCAGUGACAAGAAGAGCGAGCGAGCUCGAGAUGUGCACCUGGUUAAGAAGCUCUCUGCUCUGCUGAAGGCCAAGGAGCUGUGCCAAGAAACCCUGCAGAAAGAAGCGACUGGCAUCCUCCUUGACAUCAAGUACCCGGCCAUUAAGAAGCAGGCACUGGAGACGCUCCUCUCCAACAAGAAGGUGUCCCAUUCAUCUCUGAGCGGCAUCGUGGAGACCCUCCUGGGUACCCUCCAAAGCCAGGACCCCGACGGUGUGGACGAGGCGCUGUGCCAGUUGUGCUCCAGUCAGCUCAAGUUACUGCGGCUCUACGGCACCAUUGAGAAGAUGCACGCUGAGGGACAGGAGGAGGACGCCACUGCCCCGGACUCGGACCUUUCCUCUGUGCUUCGACUCGGUCAGGCUGACCUUCUGCGCCUUCAGUCCAUGCUGCAGCGCUACGGGGAGGAAGAGGAGGGCCGGCGGCCCACCGUCACAUUCAGCGAGGACCUGCAGGCCGAGCUGCCGCUGCACAGCUUCCUGUCACACCUGGAGGUCGACGGGGCCUCGGUGAAAGUGUCUCGAGGGCUGGCGGACGAUGGCGGCCAUCUUGGGAGUUUGCUGUUCUGGAAAUGCGUCACCGGAGAAAGCAGCCCAGACGGCGUGUGCAGGACCCUGCGGGAUGCUGGGAUGGUCCCACAGCAGCUACUGUCCCUCCUGCUGGCGGCCUGGUUGUCCAGAGAGAGAGACGUGCUGCAGAGUCCCGAGAUGGUCAUCCAUCUUCACCAGCUCAUCUCCUUGCUGACCUCCUUGCCAGGCGCCGUGGAGGACUCGUGGGACCUGCAGUCUGUGUCACCUUGGUGGCAGCUGAUGCGUAGCACGUGCUCUCAGGCGGCCAGUCCGGCGGCCGCUCUCCUGGCAGCCCACGCCGGGCACAGCGUAGCCAAGUCCUUAGUCGGCGGAUGGGCGGAGACCAAGUUUCAGAGCGCCGAGGCGAUGACCGACUCCUGGGAGGCUCUUUCUCUGGACCUCGAGCAGUGGGCCGUGCUGCUCCGCCAGCUUGAAGACUGCCUCCUGCUGCAGACGCUGCUCCGCUGCCACCUGCCGCCUGUUUCCUCGGCUGGCACCCACCAGAGGGUCACUGUCAGGAGCCUGCUGGAGGCGGGCAGAGGUGGUGUGGCCGACAGCGUGGCCAAGUGGCUCUUCAGACAGAAUGUGUCCCCCCAGCUGCUCAAGGAGACCUUGUCACGGAAAGAUGGCGCCAAGGGGCCAGAGGAGGCCACCACACUGGAGCCCCAGUUCACCAGAGUGGCUGAGCUCCUCCUCUCCGUGUGUGCCCAGUUUCCCUGCUCGCUGGACCCCGACGUGUUGUUCGCACACUGCUGCUGGGAGUACGUGGUGCAGUGGAACAAAGACCCUGAGGAAGGACGCCACCUGUCCUGGGCAGUGGACCACCUGCGCUGCAUCACCAACGCCCACGUCCAGCACGGUGUGGCGGUGAUGAUGUGGAGCACCUUCAUCGACAAGCGCUUCUCAGCCUGUGCCUUCCUGAUGGACAAGGUGGGGAAGGCGCCCAAGGACCGGCUCUGCAGGAGGGACAUCGGGAUGAGUGACCGGGCGGUGACCUCCUUCCUGGCUGCCUGCACACAGCUGCUGCAGAUUCUGAUGGAGGCGGACAUCGUCAGCGAUGAGAUGAGCGCCCCUCUCUUGGAAGUGGAAGACCCCUGGGUGUCUGUGGAGGGGCCCACUUCGAUCGUGGAACUGGCCCUGGAGCAGCGCCACGUCCACUACCCGCUGGUGCACCACCACUGCGUCCUGGCGACCAUCUUGUGUGGCAUCAUGAGGUUCUCGCUGAGGGGCGUCAAGCCGUUGGCACUUUUUGACAGCAAGGGGAAGAACUCCUUCUUCAAAGAGCUGACGUCCAUCCAGCUGCUGCCCAGCGGAGACGUGGACCCCAACAUCGUCUCUCUGCGUCAGAUGUUUCUGCAGAAGCUGCUGAGUGGCUGGGUUCACAUUCUGCCACAGGACGGUGCCCCUGCCUCUUCAGCGCCCCCCGAGGAUGAAGCCUGGCCCACCCUGGCAAUCGAGCUCCUGGCACCCGCGCUGCAGGUCAGUGCCGACGUCCUCCAGCGCCACCUCGUCUGUGAGCUCUACAGCCACGGCCUGGACCUGCUCGCCGAGGAGGCCAUGCUGAAGGUGGAAGACCCCGAGGUCCUGGCAUCCCAGCUGCUGGUGCUGACCGGUCAGAGACUGGCAUAUGCCCUGCUGCACACUCAGACCAAGGAGGGCAUGGAGUUGCUGGCCAGGCUGCCCCCGACGCUCUGCACCUGGCUGAAGGCGAUGGACCCUCAAGAGCUGAAGAACAAAGAGGUGCCCAUUUCACGCACGGGCCGGCUGGUCACUCGGGUCAUCGAGCUUCUUCCUGAGAACCACGGCCAGUACAUGUUGGCACUGAACCUCAUUGAGGCCGUGGAGGCUAUGGUCUCGCCCGAGUGAGUGACGGGCACAGUGGCAGUAGUCUGGUGACAACCCCCCCCCUCCUUCUCUUGCCAAAGCUCAGUGCCUGGUGCCCUCCUGCAAAUCCUCAGGGCUUCAAAAAAGACAGUUAGGGAUGCGGGGGUCCGGGCCUCUUUGGAUUGGACCUUGAUACCCGCGUCCACAGCAGCCCAUCCCUGCCAUCUGCUUCUAGGAAGCACAGCCUUACCAGACAAUGCAUGGCGUGAGCGCGGUGGGCCGGAGAGUGCCCACUGCCCUCUGCGCACUUUUGUCUUCUGUUUGUUUGUUUCUCCCUUUGUGGGCAGCUGGUGCCCCUUGAAUGUAACGCAGUGGGCACACCUGCUCAAGACAAAUGAAGAUGAGCCUCA